UCCUUCAUUUACUAAUCUUCUUCAAAUUGAGACUUUGGGGGCCAAAAUGCUAGUUUGCCCGAGUUUUCGCCUGUAUGACCAAGUCAGCGUGAGAGCCCCGUCAUGAAAUCCCACCAACACACUGAGAUCCCUUCUUGCUAUUGCGCUUGGCCAAUUGGUAGGAGAAUACUGGUCCGAAGGCUAUCCCUUUCGCAAUAUGCCUACCUCUAUGAAACUAGACGAUGACCCAGAGAUUAUAAACAAGCCAGACGACAAUGAAGGAGAAGACGAGGGGCACGAGUCGCACACUGAGCCCGACAGCGACUCUGAAUCCGGUAGUUCUAGUGAUGAAGAUGAGGAGAAUGCACCCAAGAAGACGAGACAGAAGUUUGAAAAGAUCAUCACAGAUCUUAGAGCCUGCGCAGGUAGCAAGGAGAUCAAAGUUGGAAACUAUGACUUGAAUGAUCCCACACAGCUGUCUAACUUCUUUAAAGCACACGAGGGCUAUCUAUCUAAAAAGUGCACCAAGGAUGAGAAUCUGAUGCAUUUAAUUGCAGACCAAGACAAGGACAAAAUGCCGGCCCCUGAUACUAUGGCUCCUCUGAUCGAUGCCUUGGUUCAACUAGAAGCGAAUCUCCUUGCACAGCGCGAUGACAAUGGGAAGACACCGUUGUUUUGUGCCGUGGCGAACAAGAACCGGAGGCUGGUGAAAGUCAUGUGUAAGGCUCACACCGACAUCAACAGUAUUCUCAGGAUUCCCAAGAGCGCCACCAACGUGCGUUCUACCAACUGUGUUCAUCAGGCUAUCUCUAAGAAAUCAGCCCCUAGAGAUGACGCUCUAAUCAAGUUCUUGAUCGAGCACGCUGAUGCCGACACACUCCUUGCACUAAACGAAGAUGGAUUAACUCCAUUGCAUCUUGCCGUUGAGUAUAAGCGUUGCGACGAGGGACAAAUCAAAGUUGUUGAGACACUUGUUGGCAGAUGUGACAAGGCUCUCGACAAAACAUACAAACACCCUAAAAAGGGACUUCUAUCACCUUAUCUAUACCUCAAUUACACCUACGAGCAAGCAACCCAGCUGGAUAAGACUACUGGAGAGGGGAAAACUACCAAAUCUAAGGAAGAAGGAUCUAAGAGUUCCUACGGUGGCAAGGAGGAUAGCCGGAACAAGCGCGGCGAAGUUUCAAAGGAUGAGCAGAAGAAUGGCCCUACAGCAAAAGUCCAAAUUUCUGAGCAACAGCGCAUCAUACAGAGGGGCAGUGAAGCCCCAGCAGGGAAAUUCACUUCUCACUCAAGCAUGCCAGAUAGGAGUCGAGGACCCCUAGCCGUGGUCACGAGUAUUGAAAACAGCAGCAAGGUCAGUCCGAAGUCACCAGCGGGUAAGGAAAAGGAGGGUAAAUCAUCAUCGAGAAAAUCAAAAAGUUCCAAAUUGAAGCCAAGCAGAACCAGCGUGGAGGAAAUAAAGAAAUUUUUGAGAUUGUACUGUCUCCGUAACAGACUGCACGACGAUGCCGUCGAGUUCCUCUAUGGUGUGCAACAAGACAAACAGAUAUACUUUGAUCUCAUCGGAAUCGCCCCUAAAAUCACAAGAGAUUGGAUCACGAACGGGCUUAACUAUCUUACGUUUGAGGAUAUUCUACAGUAUGUCGCUAUACCUUGGGUAGAAAUCGAAAAAGAUAUUGUCGAGCCAAAGCAAGGUCAGCGCACAGCGGAGAUUAAUGGCAACAGUCGGACCGACAUGAAGCUUUUGUUCGACUGGCUACGAGAUGUGAAGGGCGUGAAGAGAAUCCUUAAGGUCAUUGUUGAGGAUCUACCACACCCAGCACAUAGUGAUGAGGUCAUCGAAUAUUGCCUCAGGGGUAUGUGUGUCGAGACAUGGGAUUGGAAAAAGCUCGACUUGUCCCCAGAAGUAUUACACAGGGUCGCCUCUGAUGUGCAAGUCGUACAUUUGUACUGGAGUGGCAACAAUGCCAUUCUUCGCGCAUGGAGUGAGCCCGAGGGCCUGAAGAAGCUUGAGAAGCUAAGAACAGUACAUCUUCAUACACAACAGGGAUUGGAAACUCGGCUUCGCACCAAACAAAAUGUCAAGGAAUUCAAAGCACGAAUGGCGCCAAUUGAGGUUAGAGACACUAAGAUAAAAGGAGGCAAGACCGACAGCAGCUCGAACGGGAUUGCUGCCAUCCAGGACCCUUAUGAGCGACACAAAUGGGUAACCUGUAUGGAAGAAUACGCAUACUUCUUACAAACAGCAGAGCACGAAUGGCUCGAGUGGCGUGUGCAAUCCAGCGACAAGCGAGAACAAUCACAAGCCUUGCAAAAGCCCGUCAUAGUCGCUCUCAUUGAUGAUGGAGUUGAUGUCAAUGAUCAAAAUGUCCAGUCGAGGAUCAUAGGUGGUCGAAGCUUUUGUCACCGGGAUGAGGAGCAGAACCUCAAUCAGCCAUACUACAUUUCUGGAGGCGGCCAUGGUACUGCCAUGGCUGGACUGAUUUGCAAGGUCUGCCCAAACGUAAAGCUAUUCAUCUUGCGCUUAGACGAGUAUUCUAUCGAGCCAGGAAAGAGGCAGAUCACAGCCAAGAGCGCUGCGAAGGCCGUUCGAGACGCUACCGAGAAAAGGGUAGAUAUAAUUUCCAUGUCCUGGACGAUUGAGAAGACGGACAGGAACGGCAACGAUAUCAAGGAACUAGAAGACGCCAUUACUGCAGCCGCCCGCGAGAACAUACUUAUGUUCUGCGCUGCUACAGAUCAGGGCGCAUAUAGGGACCGAACGUACCCCGCGGCUACCUCGACGAAGAAGAUCUUCAAGAUCGGCGCUGCCGAAGCCUCUGGUGCGGCUCUGAAGUGGCUCGGUGACCAGACGCUCGUCGACUUCGUUUUUCCCGGCCACCAGGUCGUUAUGGAACCGCACGGCGACCCAAGGGUCAAGAAAUACACGGCACUCACCGGCUCUUCCGUCGCUACAGCCCUGGCAUCCGGCCUGGCCGCCGUCAUUCUCUACACUGUACAGCUAGCGGAGGUCUCGCAGGAAAGGGGGGGCCUACGGGGGGCCUACGAAUCACUCAAAAAUCACGACCGUAUGAAGGAGGCCUUCUCGCAGAUAGGUACCACCAAGGAAAGCGAGAGCAAGUAUAUUACGGUGUGGAACCGCUUCGCGAACGUGGUCAAACAGGCUGACAGCGAGUCACAGCCAAAGGACAGGUGGAUUGACUAUAUCGGCAUGUUGGCGAAUGAUUUAAUGCGGAAGGCUUAGGACACAAGGGUUGAAAACACCCGGGUAUAUACAAUAUUUCCCACCAAGUGCGACAGAUGCCAAGGGUUUAGGCUGCCGUGUCUUUCAAAGCGAUUCUUCGACCAUGUUUUCUCUGAUGUUGUGGGGUUUCGUGUUCGGCCAAAUAUUACUUCUGCGUCGAGUGUACGCAGGGGACGAGUACACAUGUCUUCUUGCCUCUAGAAUAUUAUCCAUGGAUAUUAUUAUUGAAAUUAGGAAGGCAGGUAAUCCUAGUGGCUAGUACUCCGACCCACACACACUUUACUAUAUAACUAGAUGUACCACUCCCAUCUAUGGUAUUUAGACUUAGUUCCUGAGUGCAACAUACAAUAUUAUCCAUCACCU